AAAGGUACAAGCUGCUUUCUCCAAAAGAGGAUCCUCUUCGCUUUCACCUUAGGAUCGUGUUGUCGGAAGGUUCAAUAUUGAAAAAUAAAUGUUACAAAAGACGUAAUCUUGUUUUAUUGAAAUAAGUCCUAGAUCGCUUGAUCUGAAGAAGGCACAAAAUGGCUCCGGUGCCUUUGGAAGGACAUCAAACUCCUGUUACAAACAACAUCCCGCAGGAAGGAAAUCGUGGUGGAAAUAUUUCCCUUGGCAUACUGAUCGAUUUCAUUAUACAACGGACUUACCAUGAACUUACAGUUUUGGCCGAAUUAUUACCAAGGAAAACUGAUAUGGAAAGGAAAAUUGAGAUCUACAACUUCUCUGCUAGAACUAGACAACUAUAUGUACGGUUGCUUGCAUUGGUUAAAUGGGCAAAUAGUGCUUCCAAAGUUGACAAAUCCGCGCACAUAAUGGCCUUCUUGGAUAAGCAAUCAUUGCUUUUUGUUGACACUGCUGAUAUGUUAGCACGCAUGGCUCGAGAAACAUUGGUUCAUGCAAGAUUGCCCAAUUUUCAUAUUCCUGCUGCAGUGGAAGUUCUGACAACUGGAACAUACAGCCGCUUGCCAGCAUGCAUAAGAGAGAGAAUUGUUCCUCCAGAUCCAAUCACGCCAGCAGAGAAAAGAAGUACACUUCAGAGACUGAAUCAAGUUAUUCAGCACAGAUUAGUAACGGGGAAUCUGCUUCCACAGAUGCGAAAUUUAAGAAUUGAGGCAGGAAGAGUAAUAUUUCUUGUUGAACAAGAAUUUUCAGUAUCGCUUACUGUUAUGGGAGAUGGUCCAUCUGUGCCCUGGAGAUUGUUGGAAUUAGAAAUUUUGGUUUCUGAUAGGGAAACUGGUGAUGGGAAAGCUUUGGUCCAUCCUUUGCAAACACGAUAUGUUCAUCAGGUGGUCCAAUCAAGAUUAGCAGAAAGUACAAACCCACUGUCUGAAGUUUACCACAUUCUGCACUAUUUUUGCCAAUCGCUUCAGCUGGAAGUACUAUAUUCUCAAACACUGAGAUUGAUACGGGACAGAUUGGAUGACCAUAUUCAUGUAGACGAAUACACACCAGGGAAAUGUCUAUCUGUGUCGUACUGGAGAGAGCUGACAAAUAAAGAUCCGCGAUCUGAGUUAGGAUACAAGCUUACAGUUCAGGUAGACCAGCAUGAUCCAGCUAGAUCGCUGGCGAUAGUGCACGUUCCAUCGCUAGGCAGUAAGGAAAGCGAAAUAGCAGACAGAGCAAUUAGAUCGGACCAAUUAUCUAUGGAAUGUUUGCUGGUGCACACAAUCUAUGUACGCACUAGAAGUAGAUUACUGGAUUUGAAGCAAGAAUUACAGUCUAUGUUGAAAGAUGUUGAGUGCACCCUGGCUGGUUCACCGGCAAUCUUGUCUGUUCCGAUCUUGCAACCUUGUUUGAGAGCAGAACAUCUUUUGGUCACUGUUGACACCCACACCGGAAUGUUACAGUGCCAUGUACCUCAGUAUGAGGCGCCUUUGGUACCUGAACUUACUGCUACCUUGAACGGUGAUCAUUCUCGACUACCAACUUUGAUAUCAGAACUCAGGUUCUGGAUAACGCAGAGGAGAUGCGAGAAGACACUACAACAUCUCCCAGCCACUUCGCACGAGCGAUUGCCACUUCUCCAUCACCCUGAGCAUCCAAUGUCAAAGAUCAGUAGACACCGCAUGUUCGUUCAACUUCAUCGACAUCCCACAGUUAUACUGAUAGUAGCAUUCAAAGAGAAAGAAACUUCUCCUUGUGAGAUUGAAUGCUCGUUCUACCUUGCUGUGGUGAAGCAUAGUUCCGUAGAAGAUGAUCCUCACGAUGACAGCAUUGAAACAGAGAUUCCAAAGAUGUAUCUGAAAGUGCUGACUUUAAUUGAAUUUGACACUUUCGUCAUAACUCACGGUCCCUUCACCAGUGUCGACAGUGAAGCUACCGAGACAUACAACAAUAAGCGCAGGAGUACAGGGCCCAGCGGAAGGACCGACGCAAGUACAACGUUACAGAACAGACGAUCUAAGCAGCCUGCGUACUUCAUUCCAGAGUUGGCGCAUGUAGUUGCUCUCUGCGACGAGAGAAUACCUUUCGUCACUCUGGCGCAAGAAUUAACUAAGAGAGACAUAGCUCAUCAAGGACUGCAAGUGGAAGCACACGCCACUGCAUUGGUUUUGAAGUUGGUCCAAUUACCUGCCCCCUCUAGUAUAAUAAGUUCGAGCAGCUCGUGGCAAGCACUUCUCAAAAGACUGCUUAGUGUAUCGAUUAGGGUACAGGGUAAAGGUAUGGCGAAGACGUGGAUGGCUGAAUUUGUAUUCCAUGGCAGCCCUUUAUCUAGUAAUCAUCCAAAAGAACAAGGUUUGCGGAGACCAGUGUAUUUUCAGUAUGAAAUGGGAACUUCGGAUACUGUGUCACGCACAGUAGAUUCGCUGCUUAAUGACUGGGCGCAAAUCGUGCACCUGUAUUCUUUGGUGCAUGAUAUAGCGGAAUAUUUCAAAAUGGAAAAAUACAGCUUACGGAAUAUGGUUAGCAUAAAAUCGUACAACUAUAGCAAGUUAGUUUUUGCGUACGGUCCUAAUCGUGGAGCUACUGUCACUAUACAAUGGAAUACAAAUGACAAAGCGUUCAAACUGAUUUUUGGAAAAAGUCCAACGAGUACCACAACGAAUGCUCACUCCAUUAUGAAAGAGCAACUUGAAGCCCAUUUAAACAGGCAUAGAAAUUUAGCACAGCUUAUACACAUUCUUCAUGAAACACUUCAGCCACUCACAUCAAUCAGCAAACUACCCAUGAUUCCACAGCUCUGUGUUUACAAUUCACGACCUCAAGUACCGGUGCAAACUUUCACAAUCAUGCCGCAGUGCGUCACGUUAGUCAGAAUUGCGUAUCAGGGUAUGUACUGUCUGGAGCUGCGCUUACGUGGGGGUGGUUUAGUGAGCCUAAGGGAUGGAGCAUACAGUCGCUUCGAUAGAAGUUAUGUUGUUGAUGAAUUCACACCCACGCAAGGUCUGAAGGCUUUUCUUUCUAAGUAUGUAGACGAGAGUGCAGUGUUCCGCAGAAGGUCACAAUCUGAAGAUGACAAUCCACCUUCUCCUGUAACAAUGGAUAGCGAUGGAGGUAGUGGAAGUGGAAACGUAGGUUUUCUAAGUCAUCAUAGAAGUGGACCACAAUCGCCUGCACAGCAGCGAGAUGGUUUACGGUUCCAUCCACCACUAACUCCGCCUUCUGGUAGCAAUCCUCACACGCCAGCUAGUCCGCACACUACCAAUAUAUCACAGACAAAUCAGCAUCAAAGUUUUGGAAGCAGUCCAGCCACUUCUUUCAACUUAGCAUCCCCACCAUCCCUGCCACCUAACACACCUAACAUGUUGCCGCAUCCUUCACCAGGUUCUGGACUGGUGGCAAACAGUCCUUUAAAUCCAAUGCAUGUACCAAGCCCUGCUGGCUUAAUGCCUACAUCUUCUCCUGGGCCAUGUAGCAACGUCCAGGUUGGACAUUCGCCCGCUGGGUCCUUCAUGCAAACCGGACAUAUAGAUGGGAGUCCUUUUCCAUCUUCGCAGAGCAUGGCCUCGCCAGCUGCUUCCAAUUGGCCAGGAUCACCUAAUGUACCGAGACCAUCCCCAGCACGACCAGCCCAAAGUCCAGGACAUGCUGCAUUGCACAGUCCUCAGGCUUCGGACCACAAAACAGGAACACACAUUUCUAGAGUGCUACCGCAACGCUCCUGGGCUGGAGCAGUGCCUACCUUGCUUACCCACGAGGCUUUGGAAUUGCUUUCUUGCCCUUCGCCACACCCAUCUGGACUUCCUGGUCCAGACCUGUCUCCCCUGGAGAGAUUUUUGGGAUGCAUCUACAUGCGCAGACAGUUUCAACGAUUCAUACAAACAGACGACUGCCUAACUGCGAUAAACAGUACAGAGCCUGGGGUUGUACAGUUCAAAGUAGAGAGCUUGCAGUGUCGAGUUGGUCUGAACCCACAACAUCUACAGUCGUUGCACAUAAAAGUGCAGCCGCUUCCUGAACACAAGGACCAAUGGACCCUCGAAGAGCUACAAAUUAUAGAGAAAUUCUUUGAUACUCGAGCCGCAGCUCCUCCAUAUAAGCCAAAUACACUCUCUGGAUUUGGUAGGAUGUUGAACGUUCCGUUUAACGUUUUAAAAGAUUUUGUGCAAAUAAUGAAACUCGAGCUGGUGCCUGGGUUAGUGCAACAACAGCAACUUAAAUGGAACGUACAAUGGUGUCUUAGGAUCCCUCCUUCGGGCACACCAAUUGUGCCCACUGGCAUGGCGGCUGUGCUCGUCUGUAGAAAUAAAAUCCUUUUCUUCUUACAAAUAACCAGAAUCGGAUUGCCAUAUCAAGGAGAGACACCCUCGUUAGUUUUACCAUUAGUUUACGAUGUUAAUACCAAUGUGACGCAAUUGGCAGAGAAAAGGGAUCCUAGUCCAGCCUCAGCAAUGGCUGCAGCAUCUCUACAAUUGAAGAGGUUUGCAGAAUACGGUGCAAACCAGUCCGAAUGUUCGCUUUUCCCUGCUGUCAGAGAUUUACUAGCUAAUUUGACGCUGCCUUCGGAACCGCCUCCGGUUAUGUCUCAAGUCGUUCAGUCACCAGCCGGUGGACAAGUGACUCCGACUCAACAGAUCCAAAGUCCUGCAAUGCAAUUGCAUUCUCCUAUGGCCGGCAAUCAAGGCCCUCCUCAAGGACCCUAUGGAAUUCAGGGUAUGCCACCCAUGGGAAUAAUGGGUGGACCACCUCAAUAGGACCUACUUUACUCUCCUAGUCCCCUCUGUCUACCAAACCAGUCGUCCUGGAUCAACUAAGUCGCAUUUUUGGGGAAUUCUAGGAGAGCAGUUCUAAAAAAACGUGAAUUUCUUUCGGUAAGAGACAUUGCAAUUGUAAAAAGUAGAUUAGUCAAAAUUUGUUUAUAAAUACUUGUACACACGAUAUAACGGAAACAGCGUUCAAGGAUAAUUUUAGGAUAGAAGAACUCACUAUCCUCUAAUUAUCCAAUAUGAUUACAAACUCUGUACUUUAUUUAGCGUUAGAGAGACCACAAGAAAUUCUACAAUGUAUAUUUUUUCAGAGUACAAAUUUUGCAUUAUGUGGGUAAAAUAGAUGUUUGAAAAACUUGGCAGGGACUUGUAUAUCUAUGAUAAUUAGAAAGUAUUUUUAUAUUGUAAGUAACAACUGUGAUACUAGUUGAAACGUAGAGUAAAUAAAUUCUAUAAUUAGAAUCCAAAUAAGAUCAUAAAACGAGUUAUUUAAUUUUAGGAAAUAUGUGUAUCUAUAUUAGAUUAAUUAAGUUUUGGCGAGGAUUUUCUCGUUUAUUUAAGGCUAAUUUUAUUUGUUUAAAUUAAAUUAUGUAUUUUUAAGUGCAGCUUGUAAUUCUCUACAGAAAUACUAUUAUAGAACAGUUUCUAACAA